AUGCCAGGUGACCCCCUCCACCACCCGCCGUCUCUACCGUCUCCCACCGCGUCUCUACCGUCUCCCACCGCGUCUCUACCGCCUCCCACCGCGUCUCUACCGUCUCCCACCGCAUCUCUAUCUGUACCGUCUCCCACCGCGUCUCUACCGUCUCCCACCGCAUCUCUAUCUCUACCGUCUCCCACCGCGUCUCUACCGUCUCCCACCGCAUCUCUAUCUCUACCGUCUCCCACUGCGUCUCUACCGUCUCCCGCGGCUCCUCAUUCUCCGGGGCCCUACGCUCAGAGCCCGGCUGCAGUGCGUGUGGCCGCGGUGACCUCCUGA